AUGCCUCAAAUCCCUUCUCAUCCCCUUCCAAUAAAAGUCUUUCUUUGCUCUUUGAAAUGUUUUGUCAUAGCCAGAGUGACCAGCCAUUGGAUCACUGUGAACAAAAGAGAGAACCUUUUGUUUAAGCUAAGGAGACUGGCCAAGUAUAAUUCCGUUCUUCAUCAGCUACUUUAUUUUCAACUCCUUUUUUAUAUUCCACACUUCAUUUCAAUUCAAGAGGAAGCUCACGGAACCCUGCCGCACCAUAGCUCUCAACAAUUCAAGUUCCUGAAUAAAGCUUUGCUGUCCCCAGAUGGUUCAAAAGAAGCUGGCAAGGUUUGUACUUUCAGUGAGGUUGAAGAAGCAAAGACAGUUCUAAGGCUUGUUUCCAUAUGGGUUACAAGCUUGGGAUACGCUAUUGCGUUUGCACAGAUCUCAACUUUCUUUACCAAGCAAGGUUCUACCAUGGAUAGAACAAUUUUUCCAGGCUUUGAAAUACCAGCUGCUUCGCUGCAAUGUCUUGUCUGCAUGUCCUCUAUUCUCCACAUUCCCAUAUAUGACUGCAUCGCCGUUCCUAUUGCAAGGGCUUUCACGAGGAAACCCUCCGGCAUCACGAUGUUACAGAGAAUUGGAAUCGGGAUGCUUAUAUCGGCGUUUAGCAUGGUAGUUGCAGCUCUAGUCGAAAUGAAAAGGCUGAAAACUGCUAAAGAAUAUGGGCUGGUUAAUAUACCAGAUGUGACUGUUCCAAUGAAUGUGUGGUGGUUGGUUCCACAGUAUGUCUUGUGGGGAGCUGCUGAUGUUUUCACCGUGGUUGGCCUCCAAGAGUUCUUCUAUGAUCAGGUCCCAACUGAUUUAAGGAGUGUGGGUCUCGCCCUUUACCUCAAUACUAUUGGCAUUGGGAGCUUUUUAAGCAGCUUUCUAGUCUCUGUCAUUGAGGAAGCAACCGGCGGGGAUGGCCGAGAUAGCGGGUUUGCUGAUAAUCUUAACAGGGCACAUCUUGAUUACUUUUACUGGCUGCUUGCAGGAAUCAGUGCAGUAGCAUUGGCUGCCUUCUUGUGUUGUGCAAAAUCUUACAUUUAUAAUAGGCCAAGUACAAUCUAGAUUCAGUCAUCAUCUUCCUCUCACUUCAAAUAUAUAGAGGGUUAAAACCCUAAAAUGCAGUGUCAGUAUGCUCUCAUUAUCGCUGCAGUAUAAUCCUUGCAAGAGGCAAGUAGCAUAUGGGAUGGGAGGCUUCUAUUGAAAGGUUAGUCAAAGUGUAUCUAUUUGUAUUAUAAUGUUGGCUAUAUCAAAUAGAAACAUCAAUAGCCAAAUGCUAAGUUAUUUCCGGAAGAACUGCUUUUGUGGAUUCCCUUGAAGAAACUCUGGCAGCACAGAAAAACUAAUUCUUGCAGCAGGAUUUCACACUACAGAACUUGUUUCCCGACAAAUAUAAAUGGAUUAUCUGGUCCUCAAUAUGCCUCUCAGCUGAACCAGCUCUUAAACUCGACCAUGUCGUGUACAACGUUUCUGCAUUAAAUCAAAAUACAAAUGAGAUGAGUUCAUCAUCGAAUAAGCAUGUUUGAACAAGCUAGAGAACAAAAUAGACCAAUGCUUUCCUAUCCAAUCCAUAGAAUCCAGGAUUUCAGUCCAUAUGUUUGUGGUAGAGAUCCAACUGAUUUACUCUAUUAAAAGUGUAGUAAAGAUCCAUUUCAAAUCUAAUGGUGGUUUUAAAAGCCACUUAAGGAUGUGUGUGAAAAUGGGUGUGGAAAAUUGGGAGUGUGUGUAGCAUUAUUCAUAUAAAAAAUGGAUUCUAGUUUCCCGUCCA